AGGAAACACUGGAGAAUAGGAAAUAAAUAAAAAAUAAAAAAAGUAAGAAAAAAGAAAAGAAAAGAAAAAAAGGAAACGAGAGAAAAAAAGAAAAAAACAAAAAGGUCAAAAGGGAUUAACUUACCCCCCCUCCUUAUCACUCGCCCCCUCAUUCGCCAAUCCCCGACGAAACGUCGCCGACGCUUUACCCUCAUUCCCGUAACACGUUUCGUGUUGACCAAGGAUCCCAAUCGUCUUCGUCGUUUUCCUCGCGAUAACUACUUGACCUUAACCCCCCUCCUUCGCCCUUCUCUCCUCUCUCCCUUCCUCCCUUUUUCCUCCCCAACAAUUCAAUCACUCUACAUCAACAAUGCCUGCCCAGCGUACUUCGCCGCCUACAAAAGCGGUGAAGACUGAAAGGACACACGAGGAAAAUCAAGAAAGGUUCGUUUUUCAAUCGUAUUCCGCCUGCUCUUGCAUUAAUCCCCCGUCUCUAUCUAAACGCUUCUACCCUUGAGAGUCGUAUCCUGUCCUGACCUAUCUACAGAGCCUACAUUGCUGCAUCUCGAAGAAGUGACCGAAGCUUAGAGGCUCGUAUCGAAUCGGCACGAAGAGCCUCUGCCAUCCAUAAGCGUCGUACUGGUCGAGCACUACGGGUGACCGAGCAAGAUGUCAUCAACGAAGAGAUGUACGAAGAGGAAGAGGACGAAUAUGUAUAUAGAGGCCUCACGGCUCACCUUAGGAACGGUAGUCACGACUGGAAUCGCCGGCUCCAGGCAUAUCUACAGAGCCAGUAUGCCAUGCGUAGUGCUCUGAGCCAGGCUAUAUCCGGUCAGGGCGGAAGUGCUUCACAGCAGUAUCCAGGAAUACAGGGUACCUAUCAACCUUCGUACAUGCAACAGCCCAUGGGUGGAUCUUACGCAGACCCACCGAUACAUUCUUCACACAUGUCUCCUCCAACCUACCAUAGUCUUCGACAUCAACCAUAUCCUUCGCCAGGUACCGGCCAGCGGGGAUAUCAGAGAGCGAUGUCAGUGCAGAUGUCGCAGCCCCCAUCCAUACAUCCCCAUGGCUAUCAGCAGGGGAUAGCGUAUGGGAACCAGCCCAUCUUUGCCCCUUCGUCUACUGCCACCGGCCUUUCGCUAAAUGCUCUAGCUGGCCAGUAUCCCGCUCAGAUUGUGCCUAAUCAAACGGGCAUGAUAACCCCACAGUUCGGUCCACAGGCUCCAUCGCAAGCGUCGAAAGCAAACACCCCACUUCCACUCGGUGAGGGCCUUGCCUUUCCGUUCACCACAGCGCUCCCUCCAGAGACACAGCAAUUUCUUCAGCCCGGCCUCGACCCCAAUGACCCGCUUUACCCAGCUCUGAUGGCCGGCCACUCCAAUACACCUCUGUUUGGUUUCAACAAUGGUGCGAACGAUCUCAAAUCACCCAUAUCAGAGCCCACAUCAUCGACCCAACCAACCGAGAUAGACCCCUCCCCCCCGUCGUUCAGUCCGUUGUCAUCCGACCAGACAACCCUGGACUGCAGUUCUGAACAGCAAACCCUAAAUUCGCUCUUCGACCCAUCAGCCGCCCAAACCUCAUCACCACUAGAGCAAACACCUAUCUCGCCUGUGGGCGAUAGCAUAUCUAAUGACAACAUGUUUAGUGACUGGAACGACCUCGUAGAAGGAGGGACUUUCUGGAACCUUGAGAGGGUCCAAUGAUAAUAUCGAACAAAAAAAUCCUGAUGAAAUAAUCGCUGGCCGCAGGGUACAUACACUUGUUUUCUUUCCCCCUUUCCUACUCCUUAUCUCGUUAUUUAUUUUGGACAUCUUCCGUUUUUUUCUUCGUCUCCUUCUCCCUUUUUCCUUUCCUCAUAUCAUGUUUUUUUACGCUUUAACCGGCACGUAGCGGCAUAGGAAACAUCUCUUAUUAUUAUCCAGUAUGGUUUCUUCGGGUCUUUUGCUAAUUGGAUUUCCUUACUUUCCUUUUCCUCACCUUCCCAUUUCUGAGCCUAGGCGUCGCUUUUCUCCCAUCGCUCUUUACCUUCAUGCCAUUUCCGUAUCAUAGCAUGGGACUUGAAUUUCAGAUCGGUAAAAUACUCGUGGGAAAAUCAGUUUUCAGUUUUCCCCCCCUCUGUUUUUCUCAAUGCUUUUUCCUCUAUUACUUACUUUUUGUCAAGCGGGGGGUCCCAGGCGCCAUGUUACCAUUGUUCUUGAACCAUGUUUUCCUCUAUAUUUUUCCUUGCUGUCUCCCAUCGCCUUUCUCGCAGGGGAGAAAGCGGGAGAGGAAAAGCCAAAAAGUUCGAUUCGCACCUUAGCCUCCUCCUCUCUUCAAAACCUCAUUAUUUCCUUAUUCCUUAAUGCUUCUUUCGCCCUUGCGCGCUUUUUAAGCAUGGGUGGUAUUGGUCCGGACUGUAUUGGACUGGAUAGGUCGAUACCCAUCUCUUCCGGUGAACCGGGUGUUUAUCCCCGGCCCCUCCCAAUUUCAUUCCUAUCUUCUUAACACCGAAGGAGGAAUAAAAUGAACAGUAGGAUAUGGAACGAACGGGGGAAACUGAAGAGUUGUGAAUGCUUUUCCCUUUACUUUACUUUUAUUAUUGACUCUUUCUUUUAUUAUCUCUCUUCUUUCCCUUCACUCUAUCUUAUCGCAAAGGGUUAUUAGAUGUAUAUAAAAACAUUAUGGCAAGGCAUGCAGACGGAUUGUCUGAUAAACAACGCUUCUCUCUUCUCUUCGUUUCCUUUCCUUUUUCCUUGGCAGGAUGGCAUAACCACACGGCAUAAAGCACCACUCAAACCCCAUCCAGCCCAUCCAAACAGGCAUAUUCCGCCAAAUGAUACCGGGUAGGCUGAUACCCGACCAGCCCACCAACCACUUCCAUAAACCCAGACGAAUCAUUCCCUUCCCUUCCCAACCCCACUUAGCACAGAGCGACUUUGUCGACCAGAACAGCAUAACCUAGCCAGCGCAGCGUAACCCAUUCUACCAUCUCGGGGAAUUACUACUUACGAACAAUAACCCGUCGGGAUUUUAUCCCCCUUGCCUGGUCCUUGGUUGCGCGAGCGUGCGACAAGCACGGUAGGCCACGCUACCCGUGGCCAAUCAAGCUCGAGAAUUUCGCGGGUAGUGAUUGGCCUCAGGGUU